AUGAGCGCAGCAGCUACUCCAACAUUCAUGAGCCAUAACAACAGCAGCUCAACCUCACUAGAAUCACCAUCAGACUUCAUGACAGAUAUCUUUGCUGAGCCUUCAGACUUUGCAUCAGCUGAGCCAGAACCAACAUAUAUUGAUUUCCACCGCACCGCCGCGUUUGUUCGUCCAGGCGAGCCUCAGACAAUCAACCUCCGGCUCGUCGGCAAAUCGCCACUCUGGGGACAUCUCCUAUGGAACGCAGGCAAACUUACAACAGACUAUAUCGAUGAGCAUCGUGAUGAGCUGGUUACAGGUCGCAACGUUUUAGAACUGGGCGCGGCAGCUGCACUACCAUCUCUGGUUGCUGCUCUUUCAGCGAAAAAUGUGGUCGUAACGGACUAUCCUGAUCCGGAACUGAUUGAAAAUAUCCAGUACAAUACUCAAAAUGCAGGCCUAAGCGAUAAGGAUGUGAGCAAACUCAAGGUCAAGGGAUAUAUAUGGGGCAACGAUGUUAAUGAUUUGCUGGCGCUGAUCAAUGAUGAAGAAAGUAUACCAAAAGAAGAAAAAGAAGACGAAAAUACCAGAACAUAUACAGAUGACGAGAAGUUUGAUUUCUUGAUUCUUUCAGACUUGAUUUUUAAUCACUCGGAACACCUCAAACUAGUGGCUACUAUGGAUAAAGCGCUAAAGCCAGAUGGAACUGCUCUGGUUGUAUUUUCACCCCACAGACCAAAGCUUUACCACAAGGACUUAGAAUUUUUCGAUGUGGCCAAAAAAUAUGCCAACUUUGAGAUUGUGGACAAGUUCCAACGCGAUUACAUGCCCAUGUUUGAGGAGGAUGAAGAAACUCGUGAGCUCCGAGGAAAGGCCUUUGGGUACAUUUUGAAGCGGGCAAAAGAAUAA